AUGGCUUCUGCGUCGAAGCGCAAGGAUGCUCCGACUCCAGUCCCAGUUGGCGACGAAGGGGACAUUAUGAGGCUUACGCCUCUUGGUGCGGGACAGGAAGUGGGACGGAGUUGUUUGUUGUUGGAGUAUAAGGGAAAGACAAUUAUGCUCGACUGUGGUCUCCAUCCGGCAUACAACGGCCUUGCAGCACUUCCUUUCCUCGAUGAAGUUGAUCCGUCCACAAUCGACGUUUUGCUCAUCAGCCACUUUCAUGUUGAUCAUGCAGCGGCGUUACCAUACUUUAUGGAAAAGACAACCUUCAAGGGCCGAGUUUUCAUGACGCAUCCUACCAAGGCAAUUUACAAAUGGCUCUUGUCUGACUACGUCAAAAUCAGCAAUCUCUCUGCCGAAGACCAACUCUACGAUGAGCAAGACCUGUUACGGAGUUACGAGAAAAUUGAAGUUGUUGAUUAUCACCAGGAAGUCGAGGUGGAAGGCAUCCGAUUCACGCCCUACAAUGCAGGCCAUGUUCUCGGCGCCGCAAUGUUCCUAAUUGAAAUUGCGGGCGUACGUGUCCUAUAUACUGGCGACUACUCCCGUGAAGAAGAUCGUCAUUUGAUGGCGGCGGAAAAGCCACCAAACGUCACUCCCGAAGUAUUAAUUUGUGAGUCGACCUAUGGAGUCCAGUCUCACGAACCUCGCGUGGAGCGCGAAGCCCGGUUCACCCGACUCGUUCACGAUGUCGUCCAACGAGGAGGUCGAUGUCUUCUCCCAGUGUUUGCUCUCGGACGUGCCCAAGAGCUGUUGCUCAUUUUGGACGAAUACUGGCAGGCUCACCCCGAGUUACAUAAUGUUCCAAUUUACUAUGCAUCAAGCUUGGCCAAGAAGUGCAUGACCGUAUAUCAAACCUAUACAAACAUGAUGAAUGCACGGAUUCGGCAGCAAGUGAAGAUUAGCAAUCCAUUUCAGUUCAAACACAUUAGCAAUCUGAAGAGUAUGUCACAUUUUGAUGACGUGGGGCCAUGCGUCAUGAUGGCGAGUCCAGGGAUGUUGCAGAAUGGUCUCUCCAGGGAGCUUUUAGAGCUGUGGUGUGUUGAUAAACGGAACGGCGUGAUCAUUCCAGGUUACGUCGUGGAAGGGACAUUAGGAAAGCAAAUCUUAUCCCAACCGGACGAGAUUGUGUCCAUGUCGGGUGCAAAGCUCCCACUCCGCUUGUCGGUAGAAUACAUCUCGUUUUCGGCACAUGUGGAUUACAGGGAAAACUCUGCUUUCAUUGAGGAAGUCGGAGCCCCCAAUUUGAUCCUCGUACAUGGCGACUCAAAUGAGAUGGGCCGUUUGCGCAGUGCGUUACAAAGCCGAUACGCAGAGCGAGAAGUUCCACUGCACAUCCAUACACCAAAAAACUGCGAAACAGUAGAGCUGUAUUUUCGUGGAGAGAAAAUGGCAAAGACAAUUGGUAUUUUAGCGUCCCAAACCCCGCUCCCAAACACACCGCUCAGCGGCAUUCUUGUCUGUCGCGACUUCACAUACCAUCUCCUCGCACCGUCUGACCUACCCUCUUUUACUGAUCUCGUGCCCGCCACACUCGAGCAACGCCAAACAAUACCCUGUCGUGCUCCCCUAGGUCUGGUUAAAUGGCACCUGGAAAUGAUGUAUGGAAGUAUAGAGGAAACGGGAAAAAGGAGCUUCAGAGUGUUUGAUACGGUCAAGGUCACUCAGUCGCCGGAUUUAAGGAGAUAUACGUUGGAGUGGGAGGGCAAUGCUGUGAAUGACAUGAUCGCUGAUUCUAUUGUGGCAAUCAUUGCACAAGCUGAAAGUAGCCCUGCGAGUGUGAAAGCUACAAAAGGAUCCCAUGGGCACCAUCACCAUCAUGAAACGAGCGAUAAAAUCACAGAACUGGAGCCAAUUGAAGAGGCUACCGACGAUGUAGGCAAAGCAGCGCCUGCGGUGGAUGGUGGAAACAUUGACGAGAAUGAACAUGACACUAAAAAUGUAGCAAAACUUGAAACAGCGGCUGACGACGGCGCGGCCGAAGAAAAAGUGGUCAAAACUGAAGACGACGCUGAAGAUGCUGACAUCGCAAUCUCAAACCCCGAGCAGCCGGAAGUUCCACAGGACAAUGCGGAAUCAACUGAGUCUGAGUCAGAAGCGGACGUUGAAGCCAGACCAGGCAAAAUCGAUUUCACCAGUGCCGUCGAGUAUGCAACCAUGUUUCUCGCACGACAAUUCGGCGACGACGCCGUGCAGCUGGCGAAUGACGGUGAAGAUGCCGCAAAGCCCGCUGAAGAACCCGAAAAGUCACCCAAAGAGACUGCACCCAUUCUGGGUACAGAAGAAAUAGAUGGGACGUCAAAGUCAGAUGCAGUAGUCACAUCCACACCAAAUGUUAUUGCAAAAUGGACUAUUACAUUGGAUGGGGAAACUGCUGUUGCCACAGUGGAGUACAUCAAGUAUGGGGACAAAUUAGAUCAACCAAGAAGUCAUGUGACGGUAUCAUCCCGAUCCGAAGACCUGCGGCGGAGAGUUUAUUCAGUGGUACAAAGAGUAUGGAGAACUCUUAGACCAGUUGGGGAGACAUGGGCAAUAUGAUAGCUAGGCCUCAAUGGAUGAGAUUUGAUUUUGCUGUUCACUUGUUCUUUUCUUGUAUAAUAAAAUAAACCUCUAGUUGAUAACACUA